GCUGUACCCGUCAUGCACUGCGCGCGCCGCUCUGCAACGUAGGCAGUCGGCGUCCAAACGGGAGGUGCUGUAUAUAAUGACAUUUAACGUAAAUACUUUCGGACACCACGUCAGUCACGUUUUACGCCAGCGGUUCAGUCAGUAAUACUUGGUUUUUCACCAGGCUUUUCGGGCUUGACGAAAGCUAAAAGGAAGACACCCCGCUGUUGGGAAGUUAAAAGGUACGAUGGCGAGUCCACGCACCCGAAGAGUUUUGAAAGAAGUGAGAACCCAGGAUGAAAACAACACUUGUUUUGAGUGUGGCGCAUUCAACCCCCAAUGGGUCAGCGUCACAUACGGAAUAUGGAUUUGUUUGGAGUGCUCUGGAAAGCAUAGAGGUUUGGGAGUUCACCUUAGCUUUGUGCGGUCCGUCACCAUGGACAAGUGGAAGGACAUUGAGCUGGAGAAGAUGAAAGCUGGUGGCAAUGGCAAGUUCCGUCUCUUCCUGGAGCUACAGGAGGACUAUGAUCCCAACUGGACCCUGCAGGAUAAGUACAACAGCAGGGCGGCCGCACUCUUCAGAGACAAGGUCGCCACCUUAGCAGAGGGAAAGGAGUGGAGCAUUGAAACAUCUUCUGCCAAAGACUGGGUUCCACCACAGCCCAAGACUGGCCUUUCCUCAUCACACCGGAACUCAUCUGGUCCAGCACAGAACUCCGGUCACUCUUCAGAUAAGGCCUUUGAAGACUGGUUGAGUGAUGAUGUCAACUCCUACCAGAGUGGUGGUGGAUAUGGCAGUCAGGAGAAUCGCUAUGUUGGUUUUGGCAAUACAGUGACCCCUCAGAAGAAGGAAGACGACUUCUUGAACAAUGCAAUGUCCUCCCUUUACUCAGGCUGGAGCAGUUUCACUGUUGGGGCCAGCAAGCUUGCAUCGGCAGCUAAAGAUAAUACAGCAAAACUUGCAAACCAGGCAACUUUGAAGUUAAGAGGCUAUAAACCUCCCCCUGAGCCGGCUGCAGAAUUAGGCCAGACUUUAAAUGAGAGUGUUAUCAAACCUACCCAAGACAAGGUUAAGGAUGGCAAGUUGUUUGAUGACGUGGCGACCAGCUUUACAGGGCUGGCUGCAAAGGUCCAGGGUGCGAGUGCCAAGAGCUGGAAGGACAUGACUUCUUUCUUUGCGGGAAAAUCUGAGGAAUCCACAGAUGGGCCUUCGGUAACCGAGAGCUACCAAAACAUGGGUUCCUCUGAGGGCUACCAGAGUGGUGGGCGGCCCGACCAAGACGGGUGGGAUGGUUCCGGCAGCGGCUUGGCACCCAAGCGCUCCCCCAGCAGCGACAGCUGGACGGCAGCCGACGGCUCGGCUGGGAAGAAGAGCUCCGACAGCUGGGACAACUGGGGAUCAGAGGUGGCCUCCAACAACAAGCACAGCACAGGGGACAGCUGGGAGGCCUGGGAGAGCAGCUGGGAGAGCACGUCCGACACCAAAGCCAAGAAGAGUCAGGCCAAGCCAGUCGAGGAGGUCUGGGACAGCGCCGAUUGGUAGAGGGCACACUCACAAGGCAUCAGACACACAGGUGAAUUCCUACAGAAUCCGCUCAAAGAUGGGUGCAGUCAACACCCUCAUCGUCUCAGAAAAAUAUCAGGUUCCACUGGAUUCCAUGAUCACUCCUGGCAAUAGAGGGUAGAAACCUCUUUCUUUUGAAUCAAAUCUAUUUUUACUUAAAAUAUAUUUAAUACUAAUGUUUCUUUUAUGGAAAUACCUAGUUUGACUGCACCUAACUUUCAGUUGAGGCUGUUGAAGAUGUUGCUGCAAUAACGACAUGGUUACUGUUGUACAGCAGUUAAUUUGAUGUCAGUGGAGUAAAUUGGUGGACCGUGAACCAAAUUCAAAUGUGAGCUUAAAUGAAAGUUACCUUCUGAUGAGGGAAUCAUAAUGUCUGCAAAUCUAUUCCACUGACACCGUAUUUGUGUAUAUAUAUGUCUGGACAUAAACAGAUCGAUCAAGACCAUCUCAAUCUCCUGUGUGACUUUUUCCAUUUUGGGUUGGUUCACCCUCUAUGUUGGAGUUUUUUUCUGUUAUACGCACAAUGCAUUUGCAUCAUCUUCUGAGCUGAACUCCUAGGAGUGUCACUCAUUCAUAAAAUGUGUGGAAGUCUGUGUCCUUCCAUUUAAUUUAAUAACUCAGACACUGGAUCUUUAACCUGGAAGACUGGUAAUUGCUAAUAAACCACCGAAAAUACAAUCUCAAAGUGACUAUUUGCAUCUGUGGUUUAGGCAUAAAAAAGGUGAAAUAGCUUAUGAUUGGCCUGUCACACAUUUUGUUAGACAAAACAGAAAGACAGCUUUGAACUGAUAGUAAUUAAAAUUGAAAUCAUUCUUGCAGAAAUGCAUCUUGAAAUGGGUAUUUUUGACCUUUCAUUUUUGUUUUUAUAUAUAUGUAUAUAUAUAUAUGUAUAAUGUGUGCUAUAAUGAAAAUUGGCUUGGAAAUGAGUGUGAUGUAAACUAGUCCGCCGUAGUCACACCAGUAAAGUGGAUUUGUGCAAGUCUUCUAUGCAGAUGAGUGCAUCUCCUGCAGUUCAGGAAGUGUCUUUUCAGAAUGUCCUCUGCAGUUUUCACAGGAGGUCCAGGUUUGUACAUCGUGUGUGUGAUUGCAUGUGAGCACAAAACACUGUCUUCAUUCCAGUGAAAUAUUGCCUUCAGUUGUUAUUGCAGCAAGUCUCCCUUGUUGAUGUUUCCCAGUUUUCCCAGUUUCACAGCAGAUGGUUGAAAAUGCAACAGGUUUGUUUGCUACAACAUACCCCCCAGCAGAGUUUAGUUUACGGUUACGCACCAGAAUAAAGGGCACACAGCCGGUGGUUCGUGCCUUUGUGACAGGUUUCUGUGAACGAACCUGUGCUCCAUCUGUCUGUGGGGCUGAAAUGCGACUAAGAUACGCCUGUAAAAAAGCAACUGUUUUUGUAAGAAACCCAAGGAAUGUUGAGUUUUCACUCAGUAGGUUAACAUGUUACCUCUGCGAUGCUUGUGUAAUAAACUUUCCUAGAGGUUGUGUGUGUCCGUCUUAAACGGAUGUGCGACAUUUUGAGCGUUUCACCGUAUCGCUGUACAGACCCAUCCGGAAUGCCGCUGUUGGGUUUUGCUGUUUACGGGUUGGCUAUCGUGUGUGUUCAUUGUCACUAGUAAACCGCAUGUUGAAUCAGGAGGAGGGAAAAGCCUAGUUAGGUCCUUCCUGAUGGUUUACUUUUAUGUUCUUAAAUGUGUAUUUUCUAAAUAUGAGAUGCUUUAGACUUUUGGAAGAAUUUUGAUUGUUCCCAUGUGAAUUCGUAAAAAGCACGUCAGUUCCACACGGUUUCUAGUGAACACCUGAAAACAACAAUACCUUUAGGAAGAAUAGCAAGAUUUCCUCUUUAGAAGUUCUCAGAUUCAUGAUGGAUGAGUGACCUGCAGAUUUAAACAUGCAGUUUAUUUAUUAUGGAGGAAUGUUGUUGCAAUAGCUGCCAGGGUAGCUAUCACACAGCAUUUGCACAAAACAUUUGUCACACAACAGUGCUAUGAUGCCUUUGUUAUAGCUCAACUUCUUGGAAUGAGUCAAGAAUUUAUGUAUAUUUGUUUUACAAACUGGCGUUAUAUGAUAGAGUUGCUAAAGAUGACUUGUACACAUGCAAACAAUAGCAGUUCCACACAGAGUCGUAGGACUUCCCUCAAAAAUACGAGUCUGGUAGCUGUACAGUACAUGUAUUAGAAAUUCUAUUUUCGGUUUAAGAAAGUUAUUUUUCUUGGAAAAAUUAUAUGAUCUUGUGGUGAAGCCCAUGGUAAAAUCAUAAAAGCUGCUUAAUUUAGUAUUUUUGCCAAGUUGUUUAUCCAAUGUUACAGCACCCCUGUGUUUAAACUGGUUAAUAAUGAAAAUUUUGAUCCUACUUGUAUUUAUGUACUUUUUAGCUAGCAUUUUUAUUUGUUUGGUCCAAAUUUCCUUAGCAAGCAUUCCAUGGUAAGAGAGGCUCUCUCUCACUGUGCUGGGUUAUUGUGCAAUAUUCCUUCAUUCCGCAGGUGAACUUCUCUUGUCCAGAGCUCUAAGAAAAGGGCUUGUCAGGUGCAGUAAAAAAAAUACAGAACCUGUAACCAAAAAAUGAAAAGUGGUAUCUCUUGCUGUGUAAAGUAUUUCUUUUGUCUGAGAAAAUAAAGAAGUAAAACAUG